GAGUAUGAUGGCGACACAUGAUGCCGGCAGAGAGAGAGACCACGGAGGAGGGGGUGCUUAAAGGGAGAAGGAAGUAGGCGGGCAGCAAUGGGAGAGAGGCGGGAGGAGAACGGCGGGAGGAGCUAGGGGAAGGGGGGCGAGAUAGGCGCGCAGGCGGCAGAAGCCUUUGCCUCCGCGACUGUGCGGGCCGCAGCUUCCCCGCCCUGCCGCCCCCGGUCACACACUCGCAGCCUCCCCGCGAGCGGCAGACCGGCCACAGCGAUGCGCCGAGGCGGGCGCUGAGGUGGCGUCGCGCUAGCAGCAGCAGAGGCGGCAGCCACCGCCAAACGCGGGCCUCAGGGUGCCGCGGCGCCCCAAGUUCCCGCCAUGAGCAGUCGGCUCUGGAGGCUCCGCGGCUCCGGGGACUCACUCCCAGCCGAGCACGGCAGCAGCGCCCAGGGGCCCCAACGCUCCUAACGCCGCCGCCGCCGCCAGCCGCGUUCCCCCCGCCGCCGCUUCGGCCGCCGCAGAGCCGCCAGCAGCAUGUCUCGAAGGAAGAUUUCGUCGGAGUCCUUCAGCUCCCUGGGCUCCGACUACCUGGAGACCAGCCCCGAGGAGGAGGGGGAGUGCCCCUUGUCUAGGCUCUGCUGGAACGGCAGCCGGAGCCCGCCCGGGCCGCCCGAGCCCAGCGCGGCGGCCGCCGCCGCCCCGACCCCGGCAGCCGCCGGCGCCACCGCUGCCACGGCUGGGGCCAGGAGAGCGCAGCGCCGGAGGCGGGUCAACCUGGACUCUCUGGGCGAGAGCAUCAGCCGCCUGACGGCGCCCUCGCCCCAGAUGAUACAGCAAACUCUCAAGAGGACAUUGCAGUAUUAUGAACACCAAUUUACUGGUUAUAGGGAUGUAGAAAAGAAUUUCUACAAUAUUUCUAACAGAUGCUCCUAUGCAGACCAUUCCAACAAAGAAGACAUUGAAGAUGUCUCAGGAAUUCUUCAGUGUACUGCUAAUGUACUCGGUUUGAAGUUUGAGGAAAUUCAAGAAAGAUUUGGUGAGGAGUUCUUUAAUAUAUGCUUUGAUGAGAAUGAGAGAGUCCUUCGAGCUGUAGGUGGCACGUUGCAGGACUUUUUUAAUGGCUUUGAUGCUUUGUUGGAACACAUUAGAACUUCUUUUGGAAAACAGGCCACUCUGGAGUCACCAUCAUUCCUAUGCAAAGAGCUCCCUGAAGGUAAUCUUAUGCUCCACUACUUCCACCCUCACCACAUCGUGGGGUUUGCAAUGCUUGGAAUGAUUAAGGCUGCAGGAAAGAAAAUCUAUCAGCUGGAUGUAGAAGUGGACCAGGUUGCAAGUGAGAAACUGUGCUCUGAUGGUUCAAACCCAGGCAAUUGUAGUGGUCUUACUUUCCUUAUCAAACAAUGUGAAAAUACUAAUAUCAUGAAGAACCUUCCACAGGGAACCUCCCAAGUUCCUGCGGACCUCAGAAUUAGCAUCAACACCUUCUGCAGAGCCUUCCCUUUCCAUUUGAUGUUUGACCCCCACAUGACAGUCCUUCAGCUGGGGGAAGGCCUAAGGAAGCAGCUCAGAUGUGACACUCACAAAGUGCUCAGGUUUGAGGACUGCUUCGAGAUUGUUUCUCCAAAGGUUAAUGCCACCUUCGAAAGGGUUCUGCUGCGACUGUCCACGCCAUUUGUGAUUAGGACCAAGCCUGAGGCUUCUGGCACUGAGAAUAAAGACAAGGUGAUGGAAGUUAAAGGACAAAUGAUCCAUGUCUCAGAAUCAAAUUCUAUUUUAUUCUUGGGUUCUCCAUGUGUGGACAAGUUGGAUGAACUCAUGGGACGAGGGCUGCAUCUCUCGGACAUCCCUAUCCAUGAUGCUACCCGAGAUGUAAUUUUGGUUGGGGAGCAGGCAAAGGCCCAAGAUGGCUUGAAGAAGAGGAUGGAUAAAUUAAAAGCAACUUUAGAAAGAACUCACCAGGCCCUGGAAGAAGAGAAAAAAAAAACAGUGGAUCUUCUAUAUUCUAUUUUCCCUGGUGAUGUAGCCCAGCAAUUGUGGCAAGGGCAGCAAGUGCAAGCCAGAAAGUUUGAUGAUGUCACCAUGCUCUUUUCAGACAUUGUUGGCUUCACAGCCAUAUGUGCCCAGUGUACCCCCAUGCAAGUAAUCAGCAUGCUGAAUGAACUGUACACAAGAUUUGACCACCAAUGUGGAUUUUUGGAUAUUUAUAAGGUGGAAACAAUAGGUGAUGCAUACUGUGUUGCUGCAGGGCUCCACAGAAAAAGCCUCUGCCAUGCUAAACCCAUUGCUCUGAUGGCCCUGAAGAUGAUGGAACUUUCUGAAGAGGUGCUGACACCUGAUGGAAGACCAAUUCAGAUGAGAAUAGGCAUUCACUCAGGCUCUGUGCUGGCUGGAGUUGUUGGGGUAAGAAUGCCACGAUAUUGCCUGUUUGGAAAUAAUGUCACUCUGGCAAGCAAAUUCGAAUCGGGAAGUCACCCUCGACGCAUCAAUGUCAGCCCAACCACUUACCAAUUAUUAAAACGAGAAGAAAGUUUCACAUUCAUUCCUCGGUCCCGUGAAGAGCUUCCAGACAACUUUCCAAAGGAAAUCUCUGGGGUCUGCUAUUUCCUGGAGGUAAGAACUGGUCCUAAGCAGCCAAAGCCUUCUCUUUCUUCAUCGAGAAUAAAAAAGGUUUCCUACAACAUUGGCACAAUGUUCCUCCGGGAGACAAGCCUCUGAGACCUGCUACAGAUCAAAGACUCCUCCAAAAAGCACAAGCCCAGAACAUGGGUCAUGACAGGAGAAUGGAAAGAUUGUUCAUCUUUCACUGCUCUGUGGAGGACAAACAGUGGAAUUUCUGUUAUGUCAGGCAAUAAUCCUAGAAAAAGGAGGGUGAUGACUAUCAACAAAAAACUGGAGGGCAAAGUGGAAAUAAGAUGUAUCCAUUCUUAUGAGUGUUUUUGGUCAUAUAUAUAUUAUGUAUAAUAUAUAUAUGUAUUUUAAUUAAUUACAAGUGUGAGGCCCCUUUCAAAACUAACCAAUAAAUAGAUUCCAUGUUUUCUUGUUUGUCACACAUACAGGUAUCUUUCUCUAUAUAUUUGUAUCACUUUUGAGAGCCAGUUUUGAUUAUAUAUUCCUACAUUUAGUGAGUGGGUAUGAGAGGAAUAUUUUCUAAUUUUGUUUUUCUGAACAGACAUUUCAUACAUAUAUCAUGGCAGUGUGGUAAACUUCCCAGCAGGAAAAACUGUAACUUGGCAAAAUAUUUUAGGGAUAUUACCUAUUUUUAUACAUAUCUCUUCUAGAUAAUUUCACACAGCAUUAUUAGAUUUUCACAAUCUGCUACUGUAUAGUUGGUAUAUUAUGUAAUUCCAACAUAUUAAUAGAAUAUAGUUUCACUUAUUUAGAGAGAUAAGUGCUUAGAUUGAAAAUACACAUAACCUAGGAUUUCAGAUGCUGAGAAAGCAUAGUAUAUCUGCUUAGUAAAUAUAGCUUUUAGAUUUGA